GCAUGGCCAAGAAUCCAGAAGGGAUCAUGCAGUAUAAAAUGAAUUUGAUCGAUACAAAAUAAUACAUCAGCCAAAGCACAGUGGAGACCGAUAAGAGAGAAGUGGUGAUGCGAGAGAAAGAUGUGAGCGACGGUCAAUGAAGGCUGAAAGGGGUGAGAAAGUAAUCGCGAAGUAAUAAGAAUAAGAAAAUGCCUCGACCGUCGAGGGACACUUACGGCGACCAGAAGCCUCCCUAUUCAUAUAUCUCGCUGACAGCGAUGGCGAUCUGGUCGUCGAGGGACAAAAUGCUGCCCCUUGCCGAGAUCUACAAGUUCAUCGCGGAUCGGUUCCCAUAUUACAGGAAGGACACUCGCAGAUGGCAAAACUCACUCAGGCACAACCUAUCUUUCAACGACUGCUUCAUCAAGGUUCCCCGGGGUCCACACCGGCCAGGGAAAGGCGCGUACUGGGCCCUGCACCCGGCGGCGCUCUCAAUGUUCGAAAACGGCUCGCUGCUCCGUCGCAGGAAGCGAUUCAAACUGCACAAACCUGACAAAGAAUUAUUAAAAUCCGAACUGCAAGCCCUAGCCUCGGCGAUGCCGCCCCCGCAUUCGGAGUCCUCGCCGGUGUUAUCGAUAAACCCAGCGGCACAAGCCAGCAGUCUGACCGUCGCUAACCUCCACCGUCUCCGCGACGACUUGCUCCGGUGGGAGCUGCAAGAACGUCGACUGACCAUGGGCUCUGAUAGCAACAAUUCGCCGGGAUUCACGACUCCCGAGAGCAGCUCUUACUACCUCUUGUCACCGGAAGUCAGGCAGAGACUCGCCGGGGACGAGAUUCUCAGGGGUUACGAGAGCAAUCUGCUUCAGACCGGAGGUGGCUGGACGUUCCCCGGGUUCCAGGUCUCCCCUUACGUCUCGCAAUUGAAUUACUUCCAACCGGACGUUCAAGAGAACAGGCAGAUCUGUGCAACCGCGGAGGCCACCAUCCCAGAUAAGAGCGACGGGUCACUGUUUUUGGAUAAUCCAGGGGCGGAGUGCAAGAUUCGUUGCCCCGGCAUGGAAGUUGGAGUCUCCGGCCAGACUAGCAUCCAGCCGGAGCAGAAGAAGAAGAAGAAACCGUUCACUAUUGAGAAUAUCAUUGCACCGGAUGAAGAACAGAUUUCGCACUCGGAGGACGAGAAGAGGAGUUCUGGCCAUCUUCUCGUACCCAGGCCGCUGUAUGCUGGGUUCCCCUUUGGGUUGAACACGAACAAAGUUACGUACGAGGCGGCCACUUGAAUUCCCUUCCACUUCUGUGAGGAUUGACUUUAAACAGGAUUGGUGACCUUUGGAACGUUUCUGUGUUCUUAUCUUGUUUUGGGAAAGUGAAUGAAGAAGUCUUCAGUAGUUUGAAAUGAGGACAAAUUGUCUUCGGGUAAAAUUGUUUCAAUUAAAGAAAAGGAACCUGGUUUUAAUGAAGAAGGAGUAAUUAACUGUUUCUUUAUUUCAUAUUCUGUGCAUCGUUUUGUUUAAUGAUUAACUACGAUGUUCUUUGAAAGAGUUAUUGAACGGUUAGUAGUGUGUAAGAAUUACUCGAAACGAUCUACUGUGUAUGGAGAGGUUGAGCUCGGGUAUAACAAAGGGAGGAAUUAUUAUGCCUGGAGAUACUCGAUGCGUAACUCGAUGCUUAAGCGUGUUAAUUACAGGUAAUUGUAAGCACGAUGCAGAGUCGAAAGUAUUCGAAGAUAACCGGAAACAUUUCUCUGAGGUCAGCCGAGUGCACUUUCUGCGAGGUUUGCUCAAACGAUUCUAACGAGUUCCAGUAGCAAAUUUCUCUACUUAUGCU